UUUAGUUUGUGAGUUGCAAAAUAUUUGAAGAUGAGAAUUACCUCCCUUGAGACAGGAAAUCGUUUAAUUUGAUACUUAAUGAUUUUUCUCGACAUUUAUAUAUUAAACUGUUUAUUUACGUGAUAUGAUAAAUUGUUUUAUACUCUUGCGAUCUAAAUUUUGAAAUUUCCUCAAUGAGAGAAAGUAACUCAACACCACCAGCUCCGCUGGAUCUUGGAAGGUUAGAAGCUGAAGCUAUUGAUAAUGCAGCAAAGCAUGUAUCCAGUCGUUUCCAGAGGCCUGACCAGCUGGAAAAAGUUGAUCAAUAUAAGAGACGUGUUGCACGCAAAAAGGCUUCAGUAGAAGCAAUGCUGAAAACAGCUGUACAGUCACAACUUGAUGGAGUAAGGACUGGCUUAAAUCAGCUACAGAGUGCACUGCAAGAUGUCUAUGAGAUAAAGCAAAGCAUGGAUGCCAUUGAUGAAUCUUACAAGUCCAUUGCUUCCUUACAUGAAAGUUUGAGCAAAGUGAAAGAAGAAAACGCUAACUUCUGCCAGCUGGAUGCUGCAGUUGAAAAUUUGAAACACAUAUUUCAAGUUCCAGAAACUGUAAGAAAAACACAAGAAUUAAUAAAUGAAAGCAAGCUACUUCAAGCACACAAAUAUUUAAUGGACCUGGAAAUGUCUCGAGAUGAUUUACUUCUGGAACUUCACCGACAGCCUCAACAAAGUCCCACUGACAAAAAUACUUUAAAGCAUUAUUUUGCUGAAGUUGAAAAACUUUCUGAAGCACUUGGCAAACAAUUGUGGAUUAUACUUCAACGAGCCUUAAUAUCUGUCAGGCAAGAGCCGACUAUCAUUGUCACUGUGCUUCGUAUCAUUGAACGAGAAGAAAGAAUUGAUACAGUUGCUUUGAAAAAGCAUGACCAAUUUGGUUUCCUGCCUCCUGGUAGACCUAAACAAUGGCGCAAAAAAGCAUUUGAAGUUUUAAGAGAGGCCACUGCUGACAGAAUUGAAUGCAACCAGCUGGAAGACCGUUCAGAUAAUAAAAUGUGGCUCGUACGCCAUUUGGAAAUUACCAGAAAACUCAUGAUAGAAGAUUUCAGAGUUGUUAAGACACUUUUCCCUCCAAUUUUUCCUGAAGAAUAUAACAUUGUAAAGCUUUAUGUUGAAAUGUACCAUAAAUGUUUAUCAGAUCAUUUGAAAGAUCUUAUCCAGCAGCAAUUAGAAGGAAAUGAGUUCAUUACAUUACUUACAUGGUUAAACAGCUAUGAUUCCCCAGAGCUUAUGAAAAACCCAGAAUUAAAUUUUGAUACCAAAGACCUUGGGCCACUCUUGGAAAAUGAUGUGGUUGAAAUGUUACAAGAUGAAUUUUUAAAGAAUAAAAGGAAAGAUAUUAUAGAAUGGACUCACAAUGCCUUGAAAAGUGAUGAAAAAGACUGGUUCAAAGAAGAGUUACCUGAGCAAGAUAAAGAUAAAUACUACAGUACACCAAUGACACUUAUUAUUUUUGAGAUGGUUGAUCAGAAUUUGCAAGUUGCUCAGACAGUGAGUGCAGAAUUAGCAAAGAAAGUCAUUAUGCUGUUUGUCGAAAAUCUCAGUGGAUUUGCAAAUGAUUACAAGUUUGAGAUGAAAGUCUACAAAGAAAGACACAUUGGUAAUCGCAAUGAAUCAAUAUAUUUUCCUCAAUACAUGAUUGCUCACGUCAACAACUGUUUGGCAUUUGCCGGUUAUGUCAGACAACUUCGUAAACGGUUUUUGGAGCUAGAAGGUCAAGAAAAUCUACGUACAGAAGAUGAAGAUGAUCUCAAUAUGAUACGCAAAGAUAAUUUCCUUCAACUUGCUGAUAAGUUUACUGAUGUUGGAGAGUUUGGGUUAGAGAUCUUAUUAGAUGUGGUGUUGUUGGAUUUACAUACAAGUGGUCACUUAGAACAACUCAUGACCAAACAAUGGAUGUUAAGUAGUGAUGCUGUGAAAACUAUUUGUGCUACUUUAGAAGAUUAUAAUAAUGAUUUUGUACAUCUCCGACCAAAAGCUUAUGACAAAAUCCUCGUAAAAGCUCAGAGAAAGGUUCUACAUCAAUACCUAAAGGCUAUACUCUUAAAGAGACUUUCUUUCCGUAAUUACGAAGACAGAAAAGGAGUUGCUGAAAAAAUUUGUAAUGAAGCAGAACAACUUGAAGAAUUUUUUGCUAGUCUCUCAAAAACUCAAAAGAAGGACAGUUUUGCAGUGUUGAACAAUUUAGCUGAAGUUAUUCGUCUGCGAGACACAUCUAUGAUGUCACUAGAAAUUACUGGUCUAGUGAAUAAAUACCCAGACAUGCGUCGAGAUCAACUGAUCAAUCUUUUGCUUUGUCGAGGUGACAUGACAAGAUCAGAAGCUCAGAAGAUGGUGCGAGAUACUUUAGGGGAUGAUCACCAAUUACGAACACGACCAUAUGGCAUCUUUACCGAUAUAACAAGUUAACCAGAUGAGAAUAAUACAAUAGUGUACAAUACAAAUACAAUAGUAUCAAUAGUUUUUUCUGUCUUGUUUAUUUGUUUUUAUGUUUAAAAAAAAUAUCAAAUGCACUAUAUUAUUUAUUCUACUGCUUUUGUUAAAUAUUAAUUUCAUUUGAUUAGUCACAAAGCUAAGUUUGUAUAACAGAAGAUAUGAAUGAUUGAACCAGAUCAGUAUGUUUACUUAUUUUCAUCUUUCGUAUUUAACCUUUUUAAGGAUGAAAGCAGAAUCAACUCUGGCAGGAGUUAAGCUCAGAACAACAACCUGUGUUAACUUUCUACUGUCUCAACUGUCUCUCACCAUUGCAUUGCUUAAAUUUUAUCAAAGCUAAAUUGCAUUUCAUAAAUAUUCCUUAUUUAAGAGUAGAAAUACUUAUUUAAGAUUAACAGAAAUAAUUAUUUAUUAAUAUUGAUAUUGAUAUUAAGAUUAGGAAGGCAGGUUGACAGAAUUGCAAAAGAACUGGACAAAAUGCCUUGCAGUAUUUGUUGCCACUCUUUACAAUCUAAAUUUAAAUACUGCUAUGGUCAACUUUGUCUUUUGUCCUUUUGCAGUCAAUAAGAAAAAAGUACCAGUCAAAUACAGCAGUAGAUGGUAUCAACUAACCUUCUCCACUAAAAAUUUCAGGCCUUGUGCUUAUAUUAGAAACUCUUAAGGGGCUAGUAGAUAGGCAGAUUAUUAAAGUGUCAGAAAAAAUACCCUACAGUAUUUGUUCUGGUUUUUUACAUUCCGAGUUCAAAUCGUACCAAGGCCAGUGUUGCCUUUCAUCCCUCUGGGGUUGAUAAAAUAAAGUACCAGACAAGUACUGGGGUUGGUAAAAUAAAUGUCAGUCAAAUAUUGAGGUCAAUUUAAUUGAUGACAUUUUGCCUAUAUCAGAAACAACCAUUAUUGUUAUUAUUACUAUUAUAUAGUUAUAUUAUUGUUAUAGAGUUAUAGCUGUAGUUUGAGGUUAUGAUGAAUAUGUAUAGGAGUUAAUACGCAUAUAAUUGAACCCUUGUUAUCGUUAACCCUUGUGUAUUGCCCCAUUGGCAAUACACCAUUUUGGAAACCUAAUGCUAUACCAACUUCAUGGUUGAAUAUUUUUUAAGAGGGAUCAUAUUCAUCCCGAAUAACAAUUCCCCUAAUGACAUUAACUUAAAACGAUAUCUCAUGUAACUUAUUGAAUAAAUUUAAAGCUGACUAU